CUCUCAUCGUCAUUUAUUAGUGCAGACGAUUGCGAAGUUGUGGAGAUGAUACUACUGUAUCAUGGACGUCGUAGAGACAAGAAUGAAGUUUUGAAGACGUCCAGACAGAUUAGGUAGAUCAAUUACUACCACCACUGACGAAGAUGCCUCGCUACCUUGGUAUUAACUAUUGGCAGAGUAAAAUAGAAGAAAGACGAGAAUUCUAUUCUCGUGCACUGCUGCUUGUUCCACAUCAUCUGCAUGAGGAGGAUUCUGCCAAAAGAUUCAAAUCAGAUCAGCAAGUAUUAAAUGAAGAUCAGUGGAAGGUCUGCAGAGAUGCUGGUCCUUUUGCGGAUAUCACUGUUACUGAGGGUCUUGAUAUACUCAGACAGCUAAAAAAUGUCACUGGAAGUAUUUCAGAAACUGCAGGAAGGAUUCCUGAAAUGUAUGACAGGAGAACAGAGUUCCAUCUCAUUCAUGACCAUGUGGCCGAGGUAGUGCCCAGCUCCAACCCAGAAUCACUUGACAGUUUCCUCUCUGAUGAACUCUUUGAACCCUUUGACACAUUUGAUGAUACAAAAGAAGUGUUUGAGAAGGAGGACUUAUCUAAAUAUGGAGAUAAAAAAGAGAAAGACAAACUGGAGAAUGUACUUUUGUCAGAUGGACUGAAGGACACAUGUAGCAAUAUUCCCAAGCUGUCUUCUCUUAUCCAUUGUCUACAGUCAAGAUCAGUGAAGGACCCACUAGCUGACGAAGAUGGCAAAAUGUAUUCUGAAGUUCUUACCUUUAAAGAGCAUUUCAAGGUGGAAGGAGAGGAGAGUGUGCUACAGUCGAGUGAGGAGAUGCCCAUACACCUGGAAGUAUUUGAUAAAUACACAUAUUCAGAUUAUAAAGCAGGUGAACUGGAAGAUGUCAUACUACCUCCCUGCAGACCAGGAGGGGAAGACAGAGUGAACAGCAUGCUUGACAUACACUCCCACGUGAAGACAUGUGUCAGCAGGGAAGCUGAGGAGCAGUGUGAAGACAAAAAUGAUGAUGUGCAUUUAUUUUCUGAUGCAUUUACCCCUGCUGCUGAAGUUGAGGAACCUGAAUUUACAGGCAUUUCUUCACUGCACAGUGUAGACUUUCUCUCUCUCAGUGAUCUAGGUGUUGACACUAAGGAUGGCAGGCUGGAGAGUAGAGCCAUGCUGGAAUCCCCCUUACUGCCAUGUGGGCCACCAGAGAUGCAUGCCUGGAACCUCUCUGACCAGCUCCAGGAACUCAAGCCAGCAUCACCUGGCAUCGACACGACUCAAACUUUCCUGCGUCAGUUUGAAAAAGAAGCCCUGCUAACAAAAGUGUGGGAACAUGAGAAAUUCUUUGAUGAAGUCCUAGCCCUGCGACUCCCUGAACCUGAUGUAGCAGAGGAGCAUUUCCCUGAUCACACUUCUAUCACAGACCUGGUGAGCCAGCUGCAGCUGGUGGAGGAGUCUGGCCUGGGCAGUGUGGAGCUACAGCUGAGAUGGGAUCCGUGGCUGUCCUGCAGAGCUCUCAUGACCAGGAUGCUGCAGGUAGAACAUGCAGACUUUGGGAGUGUCAGUUUUGCCACAUCAGUGCUGAAUGUGGCUGAAGAAUUUGUCAAGUACACCAACAGUCAGUUGUUUGUAGAUGCAGACAAUCAUGCUGACAUACCAACUGUGACUCUUCAAGAAGAUGGUUUGGGAAAUACACCUACCCAUGACAAAGCGGCUAAUCCACCAGAAAUCACAGAGGGCAAAGCUAACAUAGACAUGAUGAAGGCAUCAUUGAGCACCAGAGCAGAUGGACAAAAUCUUAGCAAAGUCAAGCCUCCGGCCAAAAUAAACCAGAUUUCCAGACCAGCAGUAACAAAUGACCACAGUUUCACUGGGUUCAGUCCACUUGAUGAAUUUUUGAUGAUGAGAUCUUCAACAAUUACAAAGCACUUAGAAAACGUGCAUACAGACAAGGCUUCAGCAUCCAAACAGGCAGGUGAACACAACAAGGACAUUGCACAGAGGGUUGAGGAAGCAGUGCCUCGAAAAGCUAUCUGCAAAACAGUUGAUGUCCAGUUGUCAGGACCAUACAAGCAGGUGUUUCAUGCUUUGCAUUCAUUUGGCCGCCCUUAUGUGGAUGUUCUGAAGCAGGCAGGAGAGAUUCCCCACCAUGCCUCCAUGUUCAGUCUCAAACUGGACUCAACUCGCUUCCUGGUGAAGCAGCAGGAGAAGGAACAGCAAGAUAAACAAACAGAGGGUGGUGAUGUGUACAAGUCUAUGGUGGUUGUCUAUGCUGUGGUUGGAGCUGUAGACCUUUUGGUUCACUGCUGUCUGGAAUCUGCCAUCCGUCACCUCAGUGCUGUACAAGAGAAGUACCACUCCACUCUAGGAGGCUCCAUGGAAAGUAUCAGGAAGGAGUUAUUUCAGUUCAAGGUUUCAUUUGACCAAGACAAUGUUCUUCAUCCCAAAGUGGGCAUCCUUUGUAAGAACAUAGAGGAAACUGUGAAGCGUUCCCCAGGAGACAGUAAAGGAAACAAGGUGCUUGUUGUCACAAAACGUAAUCUUCCCAGUCUGAUGUGUUACCUGGAGAAAGCUUUAUCUGUGUGUGGAGACAUUUGCCCUUAUUUCGUAAAGACCUUAGAGGGAGACACAUACGCAGAAGUGGAAAAUCACAACUGUGUCAUCAUAAGUGAAUCUGCCUUAAACAAGGAUACCAAAUGGGACAUGUUUGGUCUUGUGAUUGAGUUUGAAACAGACUCCAACUCAUCAGCAUGUAGGAAGUGUCAGGACGUCAAUGUCAACUACCUGGGGUUAAAAGGGGAUCUGCUGGACCUGAAGGCUCAAGAGACACAGAAAGUACAUUCCAUGCAAAUGAAGAAAUCUAGUAUGAAAGUGACAGUGAUUGGCUCUGUGAAUGUUACAAGUCAGAAGAACUUACUUCAACUUUUAGAAUCAAGACACAACAUUGCCGUCAUAGAGAGAGACAACUCGGACAGUGACAGCAGGCCCUCUGUGGAUGUGAUUGUGGAUGAGAGACACUGUGUUGUGCUGCAUUCUCUGUUGGACAUCAGUGAUGAGUGGCAGGUGGAACACCUGUCCAGGAAGCUGGUGGUGCUAGGCUUACAGUUCACCUACUGCUGGGUCAUCUUCUACUCCACAGCUGCAACAUCAACAGGUUACCUGCUGCCAAAUGCUGUGGUUGCAAAUAUCUGUAAGCUGGAGGCAGCACUGGCAAAUCUGAACAGCAACACUGAGAGGUUUCAAGUGACAUACAAACUGCUGAUAGCCUACAACCUGGUACAGCUGGCAGCCACAGUGAGAACGUGCUGUGACAAGUGUGUUGAGAUGUCCACGGUGUGGACCAAACAACAGUGGACAAGACCCUGGAUCUCAGGGGAGGCCUCAAGGGAUGAGAAGUUUCUUACCAGUCUUCAAUGUUUGAACUCUUUCAGUGCCCAGCUGUUGUUGUCUAGAACAAGCAUUGGCUCUCUCCUCUCGUGCACACUGCCACAACUCCAGCAGAUAGCUCCUGAACUCCCAGAGAAAGUUCAUCUGAUGUUUCACAAAAAGGUCAACUGUGACACAGGAUUACACCUGAGAUCGGACGACACAGUAAACAUGGAAUCGCAACCAAGAGCAAACCCAACCCAGGCACCAAACAGGCAAACUGACACGAGCUGUCAGGCUUCCGCAGCACAUGAUCAUCUCCAUCAGGGUUUAAACAUGACUUCAAGAAAUAGUUACCAAACCUUGAAGGAGAUACAGAUCCCGAGGUUCUCUGAUGUGGAGUUCCUGACAACCCAGCCACAUCCACAGGGUUGUUCCACACCAGCUAUACCCUGUUUUCGACAAGAGGGUUUGUCAGAAGACCCAUUUUUCAGACUGGUAGAGCAAUAUCCGACCCAAUCAUCUCUCAGCCAAGACACAAAUGAUAGCCCUGGAAAUUCACAGGGGUACACUAAACCCAAUGAAUAUGUUCUAGCCAAGAUUGAAGGUAUGGCUGAAAAUGAAGCAAGGCAGUUUGAAGAAAUCGUAACUCCUGAUUUUAAUCUUUUAGGAGAUGCAGACAUACAGAGAGCUAGGUCUUCAAAAGAGCUUCAUAUGAUUAACCAAACAAGUCUGUCCGAUGCCUUAAGGCCCAGAAAGGUGCUGUCCCGGGCUAACAUGUAUGUAAAUGGAGAUCAAGAUAUCCUGUCUGGAUUUUCCGUACAAGUACCAAACAAGAAGCCAAGUUUUAGUUCAGUCUUGCGUGCGAAAGUUAAUUCAAAGAAUAGAUUCAUGCAUGAGUUCAAUCAAAGUAAUUCAUUUGAUGAGGUUAGUCCAUCCUCCACACAGAUCUCACAGAGUCAUCAAAGUAAUUUCUUUCCAGAAAAGUCCAUUAGGGAAAGCUAUCAGGGUCCUAGUUAUGUUGAUGGUUCCCUCUUGGACAUACCUAAAACACAUGGGUUGCCUAGAACUGAUGCAGGAGUGAGUCACACCUGUGUUGAUCUUGGAAGGUCUAUGCUGCCAAGGUGUCAUGAACGCCGCCCUCCACUACAUUCAAUUAGUGAUGGCCGAUGGCCUGACUUCACAAACGGGUCAUCCACAGUGACAAAAUCCCUCCUUGGCCGACCAGCAUUCAGUGAACACUUCCAGAGUUCUCUGCUAAAGCCACCUGUUCAGAGAGUCAGCAUUGGACUUGCUCAGCCGUUGCGGAGAGAUACUCAACAGGAAGAAGUACAGAGAGCAGCACAAGCUACUUCAGGAUGGAUGAACUAUGACUCUCCUCCAAUGGACAUGGAACCAGAUUCUCCAUACCAAGGGGCCUCCAUUCGCAAGGAACAUCCUUACUCUUACAGACAGAAGUAUCAGAAUCAAGAUCCCUCCAGAAUGUUUCAAGCAGAAAAAGAACAAGGUGAAGAUGUCAACUAUCUCUUAGAAGCUUUUCCAAACAAGAGAAAAAAGCUGACCUACAAACCCCUGCCUGGUAGAAGCCGAGGACAAACUGUGCUGGCAUUUCGAUGAUAUGUUGUACAAACUGAUUGUAUAUUGAAAGAUUGCAAUUAUUCCAACAUACUUAAAUAGUGAUAUUGCAAAAAUUAGAUGUUAUGAAUACAAAACAUACAAGUUAUAAAUAUCUUUUCAAUGCAACAUCUCCAACAUCUUUUGCCAACAUCCAAAAGAUGUUCAUGCAAUCUGAAUUUUGGCAUAAUGUUCUUGUGUAUAUAUUAAUAUGCAUCAGACCAUUUUAUGGUGACACAUUUUACCAAGUAUUUUGGCAAUUGGUAGCAUCUCAACUAGUGUACUCUGACCAUGGGGUUUAACCAUUCUGUCAGUGUUCCAUUUCGGUUAUAUCUUGAGAGUCUUUGUUCAUGAAUACUGUGAGAAAUAAAUUGAUUCUUUUAAAUCUCAA